CGAACUUCACCCACGAUAAAUCCGCCCACCUUUAAACUGGUGAGCCCAACCGCGAACUUCAUCCACGAAAAAUCCGCAGAUAACCCCGGUGAGUUCGUUCCAUUUUGUAUUUGUUCUUGUACCAUAUAUUAUUCGACAUAAUUUUCGUCAUGAGUGAUCUUAGUCCCAAGGUCAUCCGUAUCCGCUCAACUCCUAAAACCAUUCAGCUCGUACCAUACUGGCCAGAUAAUGCUGAAACGUGGUUUCUGCUAGCUGAAGCAGAUUUUUGUGAGCAUGGGAUAACUGAUCAACGUUCACAGUUACUUGCAGUUAUUCACGCCCUACCGCGGGAAUUCAGCAAGUACGUAACAUCACAGAUGUUGAGUCCCGAGGUGCGACGGGCACUGGACGGGAAACAAACGAAGCACGGAAUCCAACGAACAACACCAGGAAGCUAUGUACAAACACCCCAUUAGCAUAGGCAGACAAACCAGUAGGCAUAAGACCAAGCCGCUCGGAAGAUUUUUUUCACCCGAAAGGGAACCAUCGAGUUUUUUUUACUUCCGGCUGGUUCUGUCUUAGGGUCCUCACGACCCCACUAGGGGGGAGUGAGCUGUAGCGGUAAAUAAUUCCCCAAAAUUAUUGACCACAGCAAUCACUCAUUGGAUGCUGACCACCACUGUUUAAGUCGACUUGUUUAGCUGAAGGCUUCCGGUCAAGCAUCCCCGCCAUUUGGUACCCCGUCGUGUCACGUGC